ACUGUAAACUGUGAUGCUAGUUGGGACAAAAGAGCUCAUUUUGGCUAAAUCCACGCGAGCAAUUGAUUGAUUCAAAGCUUAAAAGCGCGCGAGCGAGGGUUUCGUUUUGUUCACAAUCAAGACUCAACAGUAUUCAAUUAACCAUGAAAGAGCUUUGUAGAAAUUUCCAGCGAGGCAGUUGUACUUAUGGAGAAAGGUGUAGAUUUCUUCAUCAACAACCAAAUCAACAGCAGCGUAAAUCUAAUGCUUUUGGAGGUCAGACUAAUUCAUAUCAACAACCCAAUAAAAACCCUUUUGGAUUUGGGUCUGCUGCUGCCUCUGCCCCUAACCAACAGCAGAAGAACAAUCCUUUUGGUUUUGGAUCACAGAAUGCCUCCCAGUCAAAUGGGGCCCCCAAAUCAAACCAAUUCCAGCCUUUUGAAAACAAAUGGAGUCGAACAUCAUCCAAACCCCAGAAUGGCACUCAACGUCCCUCUGAUAACAAUUCCCAAACAGUGAAUCAUAAAUGCACAGAUCCUGAGGUUUGCAAGCGCCAGAUUGCAGAAGAUUUUGAGCAAGAGAAUCCACUUUGGAUACUUACAUGCUAUGGUCAUUGCAAAGGUGCUCCUUGUGACAUUAUUGGAGAUAUUAGCUAUGAAGAAUUACGGGCAUCGGCUUACGAGGAUGCUAAGAAUGGGAUGAGUUUGCCAUUAAUUGUUGAAAAAGAGAGAAACAUACUAAAAUCAAAGUUGGUUGAGUUUGACAAACUACUUUCUGAACCCUACAAAAUGCCUCUGAAUUCUUCUCUUGACAUUCAAAAGUACCAAUCUAAUGGAGGCAAUGUAAAUGCAUUUUCACAAGCUACUCAAAAUAAUAGUCCUUUAUCAGUCUCAAGCUUUAGCCAACUGGGUGCUUCACUGAACACUGGUUUUGAAAGGCCCUCUGCACCACUAGUGACCCCUCCAGCGCAGCCUAAUUCCUUUGGAAGUGGAGGAAACCUUUUCACAUCCAACACAGGAAACCUAUUCGGCAGUGUAAUCUCGGGUGCUCAAAACAACACAGGAAACUCUUUCACAUCCAACACAGGAAACCAAUUCGGCAGUGGAAUCUCAGGUGCUCAAAACAACACAGGAAACGCUUUCACGUCUAACACAGGAAACAUAUUUGGCAGUGGAGUCUCAGGUGCUCAAAACAACAACCCCUUUUCUACUCCAGCGACAAUGUUUCCAGGAUCAACUUCUCAAUUCCAACAACCAUCUAUUGCGUUCAAUAACACUAGCUCCGCCACAAUGCUUCAGACAGCAUCAUCAGAUGUUCAGUUAAAUACGUCCCAAGUGGAGAAUGCGUCUGUAGAUGACAGUAUCUGGUUAAAAGAGAAAUGGAAUCCUGGAGAGAUUCCUGAAGAAGCUCCUCCAGACAGAUUCAUUCGGUAGAGAUCUGUGUACUGCCAUGUGAUACAGAGCAAUUUUGUUGUGAUCGCAUCUGACAUUUUCCAGCUCAAAUUUACCAAAUUUGUUCUAAUUAUGAUUUGUACAUAUCUCUAGUUUCUAAAAAUGAUCGUUGGAUGAAAAUUGUGUUGACAUGAUCACACAUGAUGUCAAGCCAUCACACUUUCUGCCAGUUUAUUAGUGUUUCUAAAGGUGAAAUACACCAUUCAGGUGUUAAGAAUUAUGGGCUGUUUACUGGGUUUCAUCUUUUAAUAUACAUACAAGUCAAACAUGACACUUCAAACAUGACACUUCCUUUUCCCAUUAGAGACAUUCUUGAGUUAUUUUUCAAUCUAAUAGUACAACUGAAACUUUCAUCUAGUUCUACAAACCGCCUUUUAUUUUCUGUCAUGUGAUUUGAGCAACCAGAAUUGAGAAAUCAUAUGUGUCUUUAAUAUCUUGAACUUUGGCAUGAGCCAUUAGGAGUAACUCCUCUUCCUCGUCAAACUCAACAUAGUUUGCUUCCUUAUAUAGACUUGGACAUUCAAAUUGGUAGUGCCCUUGAUUUUGAUACCGAUAACAUACAAUAGCACUUCUAUUUACAAAUAGUUUUGUUCUUCCCCGUCACUUUACAUAGUUAUUACUUCCUCUUUGAAAAUGGCUUCUUCCUCUCCCACGUCCAUAAUGUGUGUCAUGCUCAACUUGCAGAACUUGUUCUUCACUAUGUUUCUCUCUUACUUUUUGCUCAUGAAUAAGUAGAAAACUUUGCAACUCAUCGACAAUUAGAAGAUCAGUGUCCUUAGACUCUUCAAUUGAGCAUACAACAAAGUUGGAGAUUUUUGUCAGAGAUUUAAGUAUCUUUUCAACGAUUUUCACUUCGUUCAUAUUCUCCCCACAAUUACUCAUGCAUUU